AUGGAGAAGCAAAUUAAUGAAGCCCUAGAAUAUAAUAAUAAAUUACGAAUUGGUAAUGCAUCUGCUGCCAGUUUGUCAUAUGAAACACAUUCUGAGGCUAUUUACACGAACAGAUUACUUGAUUUUGAUAAUCUUCCUAAACCAAAAAAUUCAGAUGAUUAUUAUGAUCAAAGCAAUAAUAUAAUAAGCAAUGAAUUUUCAGAAUCUUUACAAAUCAACAUUUCUCAAUUGAAUAUUAAUGAUGAACAAAUAGAUGAAGACAAAAAAGAAAUGGAAAUGUCUCCAUAA